AUGUCGGCUCCGCGGACAGCGACUCCCGCGCGGCGGCGGUCUGCUGCCGGGGAGGAAGGGGCUUCGCGGACCCACGGCUCCUACCCUCUCACCGAGCGGGAGCCCAGCGGGGUUCUCCGCGCCCCCGCCGCGGUCACUCUCUCGCCCGUGCACAGCCCUGACUCGGCUGCCGCUUUCUGCCCUUUCCCAGGCUGCUGCCUGCCCCACCUCACCCGGCCCCGCCCCACCAGCUGCAGCUUAGCCCCUAGGGACCCCCCGCCCCCCAUCCAUCAGACAGGAAGACAACCAGGAGGCCCGCAGGAGCAACUGGAGCCUCUUCAGGCCUCCAUCACAGGAACCAGCAGGAAGGAGAGGGUUCAGUUAGAGGACACAGAAUCUACUCCGGUCCCCGCAGGGGAGAAAAGGAGGGAGGGUCCCGGUGGGGUCUUGGCCUCCAGUCCAGCGCUGGGGAAAGGGGAGCCUUGGCGCCACCUGCUGGCCUCUUUGGCAAAGGAGGCAGCAGCACACAGCACAGGAAGGGAGCUCCGGCCCCAGAACAGCAAGUGCCAAGGCCCUGGGGCAGGAGCAAGCUUGGCAUGUCGGGGAAACAGAAAGAAGCCAGUGAGUCUGGAGCUUUAUAAGCAAGAAGGAGGCAGUGAGGGCAGCUCAGCCCCGGACUGCCGGAGUGACCUUGGCAUCUGUUCUUGCUGGCGAACGGCAGCCAGCCGCAGUGGAGGUCUGACCCUGAGGCUCCAGGGUCGGUCCACCUCCCACAACCCAAGUCCACGGAGGACCUCCCUCGUGGCUCUGCACAGCCUGGGCACAGCCAGCAGAGGGCGUCACCUCAGCCACAGUGAAGCCCGCGUUGCCCCAGCGCAGGACCGGUACCAGGAGGAGGCCCCAGCUGGCAGAGGCUGCCUUGCCUGCUGCUUAGCUCUCAGGAGGCCAAUUCCCAGAGCUCAGCAGUCUCAGGGGCUCUCCCAGCAGGAUCUUCAAGCCCAGACUUCUGUUUGGAGAAGGACCAUCUCAAGCAGCCCCAGCCUUCUGGAUCUCCCAACACCAGGGGUUGCCCAGGAGCCACGUGGAGCCCUACCAGGGAACCAACCGAAGCUUCCAGAGGUCAAGGGCCUUGUCCCGCUCCACUGUGGGGUGGGUAACGCUGCUGUGUGACCUGGGCUCCGCAUAUAAAGUGAGGGACUUUGCUUGA